GUCUCACCUGGGGAGGGAUCAAAGAACACCGAAAACAGAAGGCUGCAGCCGUAUAUGACUCCAUCAAAAUUCACUUUUACCUGAAUAAUUGCCCUCAGAUAACCAGAGAGAUCAGACCCACAAAAUAGAGAGGUUCGGAGCGGUACUGAGAAGUGGAAAGCGACACAUUCUCAGUUCCUCUCUGGGGACUGCUAUCUAAUCAAAACAAAUAAUGCUGUCGGGCCAUGGCAGCUUGAUUCAUUAAUUCAGUUCCACUUUCCGAAGCAGGCGGUUUCAUCGUCCAGAGCUCUUAGAACAAAAUGCAACAAUAACAGAGUAAAGAAACGCGAAAAAAUCACUUCAAAACCGCAUACAAAAGUGCAACAAAAGAUAAAGUUACUUAAGAUACUCAAGAAGCCACCCGAUACGGUAGAAUCCAAGGAAAAGCGAAACUAAAAACCGAAACUGACACUGAUACCACAAUGAAGCACAAAUUUCUGCUGCUGCUCCUGGCCGGAAUGGCAUUACUUCACACCAGUGAAGUCCUGGGCCAGCAUGAGGACAUCCCCUACCAGGCGGUGGCCGACAUCUGCAAGACUUGCUCGUGCCAAAAUGUCCAGGACAGCGACCAUCGGACGCACUUCACCCUGGACUGCUCGGUACGGAAUUUCGAGCACAUCCUGGCCCGCUGGCCGGUGGAGCUUACCGCACAGGCCCUGUCCGCAGGAGCAAGUACCCAAAUUGUCCUCUCCUACUCCGGCAAUCAGAUAAAGUUGCUGCAACAGCUGCCGGCCACAAAUGCCAGUUUGUCGCUGUCCUGUCGUCACUGCCGACUGAAGGAUCUGCAGGCUCCGCUCUUCAUGGAUGUGCCCAACGUGGAGGGGCUGUACCUUAGCUGGAACGAAUUGACCGAUGAUGCCCUUGUACCGGAUCUCUUUAGAGGUCCUUUUCGCAUCAAUCGCUACGAGCCAAUCGGCUUGAGGGACUUGGACUUGAGUCACAACUUGAUUGCCCGCCUGGAUAGGCGGCUCUUCGAGCACACACCCCACCUGACUGGCUUGAACCUGGCCUACAACAAGCUUAGUGUCCUGGAUGCAGCCACCGCUGCCUCCUUGGCUGCCGUCAGCACUCUCCAGCGAUUGGAUCUCUCGCACAAUGGACUGAUGUCGCUUCCGGCUGACCUUUUUCCAAAGCUGGUUAGCUUGCGUGUUUUGGAUAUAUCCGGAAAUGAGUACUCAUCUGUUCCGCCGAGCAUCCUGCAGUUGGGCAAGUCACUACUGCAACUGAACUUGGCGGAGAACAAGCUCAGCCACAUUAAAUCCGGAAGCCUCCAGGGCUUGGACGUUCUAAAGCGCCUCAAUGUCAGCGGAAUGCAUAGUCUGAGGAUCAUAGAAAAGGGAUUUUUCAACUUGCCCGCCUUGGAGCAGGUGGAUUGCUCUCGUAAUGUGCAUCUGGAGCGCCUGGAGGUGGCUGAUUUUUUGGCCAGCCGUAACCUGUCACAGUUGGACAUAUCCAGGAACUCCCUGACCACUCUGGUAUUGAAUGGCACCACCAGCAACUCUAGCAUCCAGGAACCGUGGCCACGUCUCCGUCGCCUCAGCAUUGCUGGAAAUCCCUGGGACUGCAGCUGCGAACUUUUGAAAUCCCUGGAACUGGCUGGCAUCACCCACAUAGAACAGCAGACAGAUGGGUCGGAGGCGCGUUGUGAGACUCCCUAUGUGCUGGCCGGAGCACCAAUCUCCAACUUUACGUCCGAAAAGAUAUGCAAUAUGGUGAUUCCCAGGAAAUACAGGCCUGUGGAUGAGGAACCGCCACGAUUCCUGCGACGCCGUUACAUCAUACUCACCGCCAUCAUAGCCAGUGUGGUGGUGGUGAUCGGCCUGAUCAUUGGCUUCAUUGUCACCUGCGUCCGCCGGCGGCUCAAGGGCACUGAUUACGGGGUGCAGCCCAUAAGAUAUACUAGUGUCAGGGGCAGCAAUAUAUCGGCUAUCUCGCAGCUUCAACCCACCUCGGUGGCAAGUAAAUUCAAUAAUGCCCACGCCGCCAAGAACUCGGCCCCCGCAACAACAGGCGCUUCACAUGCCUGAAAAGGAGGAGAGAUCUGAAAUCCGCAUCAAUUCCGAGUACCGAGUUAGUUGCACAAGUUUCGAGCCAAAGAUGAUCACGAGAGUGUUCCAGCCACUGAGAAUGACGUGCUAUUCUGUGCGUGCUAUCCUGUAUAUAAUAUGUGUCCUUUACAUUAAAUCCCAUAAAGAGGAGGUUGACCUUCUUAAAGAUUCCUAUACCCCGAUCGAAAAGUAACCACCUAGUUUUAAGGGCCGCCAUCGAUGUUUGUAUUGUACUUAAGUUUCGAAAAUUAGUGUGUAAAAAAUAAAACAUUUUCAUAGAGAAAUUGAAUAUGAACGCCACAACGCUACAACUUCUA